CACACUAUAGUCAUCCGUGUCGCUUCUGUAUUGUCUCUGCGUGCGCGGUGGGUGAAGCGGAAAAACUGCGACCGUUCGCGCGAGUUGUUUGAGCGGACGUCCGACCAUCCUCCCUCAAAACAUAACGUUUGCCUUCAUCAUCUGCCCAUGAGUACUGUGUGGUAGAAGAACGUAGUGGGAGCUGUAGUCGACUCAACUUGGCCCAUGUCGGACCUUCUAUGCGCGGCUAGUUACUAGCUGGACAAGUAAGAAAGAGCUAAUCGGCAGCGUUGUAAUUAGUUGUCACUUGUCGACCAUUAUAUAGUACGUAACGUUGUUUUUACAUGUGCGUCUCUGCGUGUUUAUACAACUCUGAGCUUUUGUUUCCUAUUUGAUGUGCUGUUUAUGUACGAACAAAUUCCGUCGACUGUGCACGGAACUACGGAGAUGUAGUUCUGAAGUCUUCUACGGGGUGCUAUGAAGUUUCGAAGUGUCGUGGAGCUUGAGUGCUCCAAAUUUGCGGAAACCGAAGUGGCUGGGAAGCUUGCUGGCUAUGUGCGGUCAAGAUGUCCCUCUUUUUAACGAUGGGUCGCGAGAUUCGGACGCCGACGAUGCGAUACAUAAGAAAUAUUAGGUGCGCUUUUCCAGACCAGACCCCAGUGAUUGCUAUCGCCGCGUUAGUCGUUGGCACUGUACAGUCAGCAACAACUUCAAAUGGUGUAACCGCACCGGUUAAGGAAAUGCCAUACCAUGGUACAGACAGUUGGACUUGGUGUCCAUUCAACGUGCACUAUAUUCAACAGAUGGAGACGUACGCGAAAGCUGAUGAGAGAUGCAGACGAGCGGGGGGUUCGCUUCCCAGGCGAAGUCUCGAUCAGAUAAUAUGUCUUGUUCGAUUCUUUGAUGAUAGCGGACAGCCCGAACUGGCAUCGCACUUUUCUGGUGGGGAAAAGAGUAACAUUAGGAAGCAUCUAGAUGAACUCGAUCGCAUUUGGUUUUUGCACGAUAACGAACAUAAGCAGCAUGUCAAGCGGACCUCAAGCGAUGAGAAGAGGCAGGUUGCAUGCACCACCCCAGUCUCAUCUAAACCGGGCGCCUGUAAUUUUUCGGUAAUCGUUCACUACGAUCUGCUCUCUUUUGUCAAUGCGCAGAACCGAUGUGCUGGCAACAAUUCUAGACUACCUUUUCGAGCAGCGAAGGACGAAGUUCAGUGCUUUAAGGACCACUUCCCGGAUAUCAACUUGACGUGGUUUGAGGGUCGAAGACCUGAUCUCUUUGAGACUCGGUCGGGUGAUCGCUGCUCAUUGAGUAAUCCCUCUUUGGAAAAAUCAUGCCCCGAAGAUCUUCGUUUUAUAUGCAUCUCGCAGAGGUGGAAGCCCGACCCUAGUGUACCGCAAUUUCCUAUCGUACAAGAGACAGUGACCAGUGUGAAUGAUGAUGACAAGACUAACAAGUUUGCUACUAUCGAAAAGGAACAGCGCUCAAGCUACGAACAGCUCGAUCCUUUUGAUGAAGAUAAACAGUUACCGCCAUAUAACAGGCCAGUGAGUUUGAGGGGUUUAGACGGAGACAGCCUCAUACUCCCAAUCAGAGGCUCUGCGCAGCAUGCGCUUGACAUCUGCUUUAAUAGAACUGAAUCAAAGUUGAAGGUACUGGAUGUGGGACACUCGAAGGAGUUCUAUUUGAAGAUCGUAGGUUCUAUUCCACAGGAUUUGAUUAAGACACUAUCAACAGACCAGAAGGGACAGGAGAUGAUUUUAUGGGCAAUGCCUCGCAGAGGGAAGAAUCUAUCUAUCUGUCCGGUUGUCGUUGUUAACCUCGGCAGACGGGAAGUUAAGAAGAGCGUAUCGCACUGCACAAAUUAUUUUACAAUUCUUUGUGAAACUCGCAGCUGUCCGCCUAUCAGAGAAGACUAUCCAAACCUUUCAAUUCCGUGGAGGCGAACUCCUGCGGGGAAGAAGUCCUUCAGAUUUUGUUCAAGUAUCCGUGCAGACUAUACGGGCAGUAUUACGAAGAUCUGCUCUCCCCAAGGUUAUUGGGAGACGUCACAUAAUGUGUCGUGCAUUGCGUCGACCCGUGUAGAUGGCUUUAAGCACCGAAUCUUCAUUCUUAAAAAUUUUGAUCGCCAGAGUCAGUUUAUUCGUGACGAACUGGCAAAGUACGAUGAUGCCCUGGAUAUAGUGUUUAACACACGAGAGGAAGUGGCCAAAAAUCUCACUGAACUAAUCAGUGGACCUGAGGAAGCGGAAAAUAAAACCAAAAAAUUUAUGCAAGAGGUAAUGCAGACGGUUGUUAACCGCGUAACAUCGAGAAAAGAUUUUUCUCAGGCGUGCCAAAUUGGCCGAGAGUUUCUCAUGAGGUUUGGGGAAAAACUGGAAAGAAAUCAAACAGUAAGCAGUGACAAGGAGCUUGCACCCGCUUCAAGUAACAUCGCGUUUGCCCUGACUAAGGUUUCGUUCGGUUCCACUACAACGAGCCAGUUAGAAAAGAGUGCUGCCAUACCACGAAGGCUCUUGUCUGAGGUAGCGGGUUCACUCGUGGAGGUGUCUGGCAAAUUCGACCCAUCGCAGCCCUCUGUCGUUAUGGGCCAUAUUGUUAUGGAUAAACUUUCUGAAGACGCCAUGGCUCCUAGAGGCUCUGAAGCGUUUCCUACACGAGCAAUGGUGAACACGCCUGUUGUGGAGUUCUUUAUCGCUGAGGGAAGCUUACGCAAGGCCCUGAAGUUCUCUGACUCGAAAAUACGAAUAUCCUUCAAGCAUAACCGUGUAAAAAAAGCUCGUGACCAAAUGAAAUGUGUCUUUUAUGACACCGAAAACCUUGUGUAUUCCGGUUACGGUUGUCAGUAUGAAUCAGAACGAUCCACCUCAGAGUUUACGGUCUGCGUGUGUAACCACACAACAUCCUACGCAGCACUCCUGCUACCAUCGGGUACUCAGCUAAGCCUCGUUCAACUGAAAUUUCUCGAGUAUAUGACGGUGAUUGGCAUGCCCCUAUCGAUAUUUAGCCUUGCCAUCUGUAUUGUCAUCUUCACAUUUGUCAGGCAGCAGCAGCAGCAGCACGAACAACGAAAUAUGAUUCAUCAAAACCUGUGUAUCUCUCUGCUGCUCGGCGACGUUCUCCUGCUGGUAGCCAGUUACGGAAUAAACAAGUUUCAGGAUUGCACUCUUUUGGGUGCCCUGGUUCAUUUAGCCUUCCUCUCGGCACUCUGCUGGAUGGGUCUCGAAGGCGUUCAUAUCAUUCAUGUGAUGUGGAUAGUCUUCGUUAGAAGCAAUAUUCCCACCGCGCUCUACUAUGUACUGGGCUACCUAACCCCGUUGGCCAUAGUCGCAGCCACUUUCUGGGGUUUCGAAGAACCUUAUGAUCGUACAGCGCAGCUAUGCUUCCUUACGAGGGAAAAUUUCGCUAUUUUUACCUUUAUCGUUCCCCUUGUGGUGGUAGUGUGUACAAAUUUGUUGGCGAUUUCGGUGGUCUUCUACCGAAUGCGGACAGUAAAAAGCGCCCGGGACGAGGAUCUCGUAAGAUCAGCCUGCAAAUGGGCACGCGGUGUCGCCGUUCUAGUGCCUCUACUUGGUCUUCCGUGGCUCGUAGGCCUUUUCAUGUAUUCCCAGGAUCCCUACGUCGUUGUCGGCGCAGCUUUUCUUUUCAAUGUCUUUCUUGUAUUGCAAGGACCCGGAAUUUUUCUUUGUCAGGUGUGGUUCAAUAAUAAGAAAAGAGACUCAGUCGCUAGGUAUUUGGGCAAUAGAGGUCAUCUAGCCGGACACAUCGCAAGGCUGUUUGCCCGGUCAAAGGAAGGCCAGAAUUCCAGUACAAAGUCUUCAAAGGUUUUAUCCAAGUCAUCAAAUAGUCUAAGAACAGACUUAGCCAAUGUUACGUUGGGAUCGCGGUGGAGCGCUUCGAAACAUCAAGCAACAUCACCACCGGAUCUGGAGAACUAAGCUUGCUUAUUAUCAGCGUCAUGAGCUACUUCGAUUCAACAAAGGCACAGAAAUUGAGUGGCAGUAGGACCCGUGGACCUUAACGCAAAGCAAAAAGCACUAUACUUGUCACCCUACAGUAAAAAUAAAUAUGAGAUAAUGAAUUACCUUAACCAGUAAAACUAAAGUGUGCUAGCAGAAAUAGGAAGCAGUAAUAGACUAACCGAAAGGCUGCAGAGCAAACAAUUUUAGUAACAGACGAUCUCGGUACCCUCUCGCGGUUUGUGAAACGAACGAAACAGAUCAGCUAUAUAGAUUUGAAAUAGGUAAGCCGUAGUUAUAGUUGAGAAGUGAGUGAUAAUGAAAAUAUGAACCUUUAAAUAAGUAUCUUAACGGGCCAUGCUAUAGCUUUGCACAUUGUUUACUUCCAGCUCCAAAGUUGAGAGUCGUUACUCUAAAUGCUUGAUAUAUAUCUGUACAUAUAAUAUCCCUGCUAUUACGUAGUGCUAUAACAUCGUAGCGGCAGGUGUUCUCUCUGAGGGUGAUGAAAAAUCGAUAUAUAUAUAUAUAUACAUCUCUACUCGAAAAUUCUAUUUCGAUCUAGGUCUUAAAUUAGUACUUUAUUUCUGUCCGUUCCCCAUCAGAGUUGUUAAAUUCAAUACUACAUUGACUUGACUUGAAGUGGAUGAAUUCAAGCAGAUGUUGAAAUGAAAUUGAUCAACAUUGUUUCUAACGUUUUCCUAUUAUUCGUUCUUACAGAUGUAUUGUUUACCGUACGUAUGGCACUCACCGCAGCUUGAGGGGAUUUACCCCACCGUAAAUUGUUACAUUAUACUAGACAUUUUUAAUGUGAAUGGAUAUAUCCUGACCAAAGUUGAGUUGUGUUUUCUAACUGUCGCGCAAACUUCAGACACAGAAUAGAUCAACGACUAUAUCCGUAUGUUCCUAUCAAGCACACACACACAUCGACUACGCGUUUACGACAAAUCUGGCAAAGGAAAAUACAAUGACCUUAGGCAGCUACUACGUGCAUGCCUAUGUCCUCUGAUAAGUCUUCCAAUUUCUAUUCAACUUCCCAGUCGUAUAUAUACGAGAAAGCUGCGAAUGUUGAUAAUCGGUUUGACUCCCAUUACGUCUGAUCGCGAUUAAAAAGUUACCCACGGUAUGUGUAAUACCUUACAUUCUUCAUGUAUAUAGGAAGCAAUAGAUGAUAUGUACCAACAACGUAAACGAGGUGCAUUAUAAAAACAUCUAUGAACCAAAAUGUUCUUUGUAUAUUUUUUGAGAUUAAUCAUCACGCUUCAUUGAUCAUCGGGCAAUCUGUUUGUGCAUGUCUAGGUAGGAGAUCUUUCAUUUCAAAAUAAUCCAAGCGUACGAUGGGUCGACUGAUUUCCGACGAGAACGUCUUUCAAAUAAUCAUCCCAGGCGGAAAGUUUAUUUAAAAUAAAAUACCUGU